AUGGCGGUGAACUUGAAGAAAUUCAAACGAGUUCUCAUUCUCUCUCUGCUUCUCGUUGGCACGUGGACACUCUAUAAUAUCUUUCUGGCGCCAUCCCCUGAGUUCAUGGUCGGCGAUGCCGCAGGUGAGUGCCACUUGCCUGACAUCGAUCCCUUCGACAAAUCGAUCUCUAAAUACGUCUUCCAUAUCAAACCCCUUAAAUGCAGAAUUAAAAGUGACCUGACAUUUAUCGACAAAGACGGGUUAGUAAAGAUUAACACUACAGCUUGUCUUGAGUCAGGGUUCGAUCCCAACACUAUGAAAUGCAGCUACGAAGGUGUCUACAGAAUUAAGGAUGACGACAAUGUAGCUUUGAAGACAAGUGUACCUAUAUCUAUGCCAGGGGAGGUGCCUUAUGAUUUUUUCUUAAUCACCUGUCGGGACGCCAAAGGGCGCGCCUACACAAACCUUCACGCACACGUUUCCAAAAAGACUUUCUCCAAAACGCUACGUAAAGACCCCACAGAACAAUGCAGCUCAAACCCCUAUAACUUGCUUAUCUUCGGCCUUGAUUCUAUCUCGCGACUCAAUGGUAUCCGUAAACUGCCAAAGACCUACGGUUAUCUAACCAAAAAUCUUGGAGCUUAUGAUUUUCGUGGUUACACCAAAGUCGGUGCCAACACCUUUCCAAAUAUACUGCCUAUUUUAACCGGUAAGUAUUCUCACCAACUCCAAAAGACACCACCUUACAAGGAUUUUUAUGACGGUUACCCAUUGAUAUGGAAAAAUUUUUCCCGCUGUGGUUACGUAUCUCUAUUUGCUGAGGAUGCGCCACACAUGGCCACUUUUAAUUAUCUGGACAAAGGUUUCCAUGAACAACCGACUGACCAUUAUAUGCGACCAUUUUGGCUAUCGUUUAAGAAUACCCAUCCUAUUAAAGAUCUGCUGUCACCGAUUUGGUUGGCACUCGAGAGCCAAAAGGUCUCAGUGGGGAAAGCAUUCGAUCUUUGCGUGGGAAGCAGUACCAAACACCAGGUGGUUAUUAAGUACUUUAUGAGUUUUGUGCGGCGUUACUACGGAAAAUUUCCAAUGUUUGCUUUAUCCUGGCUAACAGAAAUUGGACACGAAUACCUAAACACUGUCGAAGCUGGCGACGAGGAUUUCUAUCAGAUGCUAAAAACCCUUCACGAUGAGGGUUUUCUCAACAAUUCUUUUCUUUUCUUUAUGAGUGAUCAUGGUCAUCGUUUCGACUGGUUCCGACAGACCUUAAUCGGCCGUAUCGAAGACAAAAUGCCCCUGGUGCUGUUGAAAAUUCCUGACCAAUUCAAGACCAAAUACCCCGGAAUAGCAGCAAACUUUAUGGCCAACACUCAACGGCUAGUAUCACCAUUCGACACGCACGAGACAAUAAAGGACGUGCUGCAGGGGAACUUCCGUUCCCGAGAGGAGGCUGCUAAACAGCCUGGCCCGUCUAGCGAAAUGAGGACCAACACAUUAAAGGCGUAUAGUUUCUUUAGUCGUGUUCCUAAGAGACGGACGUGUGCACAAGCCGGUAUACCGGAAGAGUACUGCGCAUGUUACAAAUCUGCCGUGGUGAACCUCGACGAAAAGGUCACUUCCUCUAUUGCUAACUUUGUAUUGCAAAACACGAUCACCCUGACGGACCAAUGGCGCGACAAAUGCGCGAAAUAUGAACUGUUGUCAGUUAAGUAUGUCCAGAAAAGGGAACCAAUGGGACGGCUGAGACUCAAGUCACAGCCAACAUUUUGGGGCUUUAGCUGGACGCCCGAAGAACCGGUAAGUCUGUAUAUUAUUGCAAUAGAGGUCAACCCAGGUCAGGCUGUCUUUGAAACCACCAUAAGUAUGCGAAGCGACAAUAAUAUGGAAAUUCUGGAAGUAACGUUUUCUUCUUUAAUACAAUACUUACUACGUAUAAUUGUUUAUAUGGUCCCUUCUGCACACACACACACACACGGACAUACAACUCUCUCUCUCUCUCUCUCUCUCUCUCUCUCUCUCUAUCUAUCUAUCUAUUUAUCUAUCUAUCUAUCUAUCUAUCUAUCUAUCUAUCUAUCUAUCUCUUCGUGUAUGCGUGUAUACGUGCGGGUUCAUGUAGAUUUUCUCCGGUUUAUUUCUUGUUUCUUUUUUUUUACUUACUCUCUUUGA